AUGAAUUUGGAAUACUGGACGAAAGUGCUCCAUGGAGCCGUGGACAAAGUGAUGUCCUGGGUGCAUCCUAACGCACAUUGGGGCUGGGUUUCAUGUGAUCGGAAGACUGGGCGUCUCGAGCGGGAGAAGCAGUCUCUGUGGAGGAAGAUUAAACUUCUCUUACUCUUCAACCCUCUCACGGAAUGGGUAGAUACAACUCAGGCCAUGAGACUGUACACGCAUAACAGAACAAUCAAGCAGGGUGAAAAAGAAGGAACGCCCGAAUCCAGCAAGGAUAUAAAACAAUUUAUUGAGAAAUUUGGCAUAGACAUGAACGAGUACGAGCCUUCAGAUAUCAACGAGUAUAGCACCUUCGAAGACUUCUUCGUCAGGGCGCACAAGGAUGGGUCGCGGCCAAUUCAUGAGCCUCAAAACCCUGCUCAUGCUGUUGUUCCUGCAGAUUCACGCGUUGUCGCUUAUGAGUCGGUCGCGGAGACCAAACGUCUAUGGAUCAAGGGCAAGAAUUUCAGCAUCAGCACCCUAGUGAUGGACACCGAACUGGGGUCGCAAUUUGAUGGCGCCGCUGUCGCGAGCUUUCGUCUUUCGCCACAGGAUUAUCACCGGUAUCAUUCGCCUGUCUCCGGCAAGGUCAAAGUGUUCAGAAGUAUACCGGGGGAUUAUUACCAAGUGGACGCCAUCGCCCUACAGAGUGAUGUGGACAUCUUGACGAGAAACAGACGGGUGUAUUUGGUUAUUGGAACCGAAUCCUUUGGCGAUGUUUUGUUCGUGGCCAUCGGCGCAACAAAUGUUGGAUCUGUUAAGAUACAUGAAAAAUUCCAACAGAUUGGCGCCAAUGUUGCGAAAGGGGAUGAACUCGGCCAUUUUCAAUAUGGAGGCUCUUCUAUCAUGGUGGCUUUUCAAAAUGGACGGAUCUCCUUUGACCAGGACUUGCUGGAUUUAAGCAAACAGAGGAUCCAAGUUGCUGUCGAUAUGGGCAUGAGUUUGGGGCAUGCGACUGAUUGA